AUGUAUAUGCCAAACACAAAAUGGACGUGGGCAUUCAUGCUCAUUGUCCUCGUACAAGCCAUUGCCAGUCUCGCGCUGGAGGCCUACGUCUUUGGCGAGUUCCAGACCAGUCUGAAGCUGGAAGGCAAACCGGACGAUGCGCCAGAACCGACCAAGACGAUACCGACAUAUCUGGCGCUGUUCAUCUUUGGAUACUUGUACGAGCUGGUUCUGGCGUGGGAUGCUCUCAGGCUGAAGAAUACUAUUCAAGUCAUUGGAAUAUGCAUAUACAACGUCGGCAUGCUCAUCUACUCGUCGGUGCAGAUGGACCAGGUGAAUGAGGCAGUGCAACAGCUGCGCGCUUCCGGAGACAUCGACGAAGAUACAUGGAGGGAUUUGAAGCCGUUCCUCAUUGCAGCGCCUUGUGUCGUGGCAUUAGGCACCAUCGCCCUGACCUUUGUGGCCUGGAAGCUAUACAACGAAUUCGCCUGGACCAUCUACAAGCACAUCUCCGCAGAUCUGCGCCUCAAGAGGCGGUAUCUCACGUAUCAGAUCUACAUCGCCCUCCUGAAGUUCGAUUUCUUCUUCUUCCUCGGCUUCACGGUCCAGUUCGUCGUCGUCGUGACCAAGACCACUGACUCGGAAUUCUACCUUACCAUCGCCGCGAUCCCGAUCACCAUCAUUCUGCUCUGCCUGGCCGGCUUCAUCACCCGCCGCGAGUCCCGGAUUGGUCAAGUCUGCAUCAUCAUCGUCUACUUCGCCGCCAUGGCUUACUUCGUCUUUAAGCUGGUCAGGAUGUACACACCUCCGAGGAUGAAAGAUUACGCAGCGGUAAAGAGCUCACUUACAACAUUCGCGGUCCUGACGCUCUUGUCGCUGGUGGUCACGAUCGGUACAGCAAUAACAUGUAUGGUCAACUUCAACAAGGGCCUGAAACCUCACAUCCAGCGAAGGAAAGUUCCCAAUGCCAGCGAGCUCGAUAACGGGAAGUGGGCAGUCAGUGGCGACACGUACAACGGUCCACCACAUCCGCUAGGACAGGUGCCGCAAAGGAUGACGAUUGACUAG